AUGGCACUGACCGGCGUGAGAGUUAUUGAGCUGGCAGGUCUGGCUCCUGCUCCGUUCUGUGGCAUGAUUCUGGCAGACUUCGGCGCCAAGGUGAUCCGUGUGGACCGAACUAAGGCUCCCACGUCUCUUGACACCCAAGCUCGGGGUAAACGAUCGGUGGCCAUCAAUUUGAAAUCAGCAGAAGGCGUGACUUUGCUCAGGAGACUUUGUGUUAACUCUGAUGUGGUGCUCGAGCCAUAUCGCAAAGGUGUGAUGGAGAAACUGGGUCUUGGUCCAGAUGAGUUGCUAGCUGAAAAUCCUCGUCUGAUCUACGCUCGGUUGACGGGUUAUGGUCAGAGUGGGUCUUUCUCCACUGCAGCUGGACAUGACAUCAACUACAUUGCCAUGUCAGGCCUUUUAUCCCGACUGGGCCGCAGCAGAGAAAAGCCCUACGCUCCACUGAAUCUUUUAGCAGACUUUGCCGGUGGUGGUCUCACCUGCGCUCUGGGAAUAGUCUUAGCACUGCUGGAGAGGACAAAGUCAGGGAGAGGACAGAUCAUCGAUGCUAGCAUGGUGGAGGGAGCAGCAUAUACUGGUUCAUUCGUAUGGAAAUCUCAGAGUGUUGGUCUGUGGAGCCGCGGCAGAGGAGAGAACAUGUUGGACAGUGGAGCACCUUUCUACGACACCUACAAGACUUUGGAUGGAAAAUACAUGGCUGUGGGCGCCAUCGAACCGCAAUUCUACAAACAGCUACUUAAAGGCUUGGAGCUGGACGCUGGAGAGUUGCCUCCUCAGAUGAGCUUCAGCGAUUGGCCAGAGCUCAGGCAGAUCUUCACCGAGCGUUUCGCCUCAAAGACCCAGACGGACUGGUCGAGGAUUUUUGAUGGGACUGAUGCCUGCGUCACACCUGUGUUGUCUUUUGACCAGGUGAGCUCACACCCUCACAACCAAGAAAGAUGCUCUUUCAUGAAGAACUCCAGCGGAGAAGAGUUCCCCCGACCGGCUCCGAUUCUGUCUCGGACUCCUGCCGAGCCUUGCCUCACUUCCGAUCCUGCUGUCGGUGAACACACGGUCGAGGUCCUGCAGGAAUACGACUUUACUUCUGCAGAGAUAGACGAGAUGUUGUCGGCUGGGGUUGUAGAGUGCAAUGCUGCCAAGGCCAAACUAUAAAAAGACCGAAUAAAUCGACGUGUUGUGCAAACUUCACAAAACCACCGAGGUUUUUUUGAGUAAUUUAAUGGGAUUCAUUUUUCUAAUCACACAUAUAAAUCACAAGAAUCU